AUGGGUGAAAGCUUAGUCAAAAGUGUAGCUGUCAUCGGCGCUGGGAUCAGCGGGGUUGUUUCGGCAGCACAUCUACUAGCAGCUGGACUGGAGGUGACGGUGUUUGAGCGAAACAAGGCUGCCGGGGGAGUAUGGCUGUUCGAUGAGCGGAAGCCAAUCGAGCCUUUGUAUCCUUCAAUCAAGCCGUCCGAAGCAGAUCGAUUGGGAGAUGAUCCCCGGAAGGAGGAGAGGAAAACCCUUGAGCAUGCACCCCCAGGACCAUGCUAUGAGGGCCUCUCUAACAACGUAUCUACGCCGCUUAUGCGCGUUAAGCUCAACGCGUGGCCAGAAGGAACUCCAGACUUUGUGAGCCACAAAAUCAUGAAGGAGUAUAUCCAAGACACAUCAAGAAAGACAGGUGUUGAACAAGUGACAAUAUAUGGCGCUUGCGUGAGCAGAAUACAGAAGAAUACUUCAGGGUGGGAAGUGACUUGGUCCACAUUGCAUGAAGAUCCUCAGACCGGCAAAUUGGAAGAGAAAGAAGCCACUUCCGCCUUUGAUGCAGUUGUUGUGGGUUCUGGCCAUUAUCAUGCCCCUCGGAUUCCAGAUAUCCCAGGCCUGUCCGAGGCGAAGGCGAGAUGGCCGUCGCAAAUUCUCCAUUCAAAGGGAUACAGAAAACCAGAGAAUCUUGACGGAAAGAAUGUGCUUCUCAUCGGCGGAGGCGUCUCGUCCUCAGACAUUGCACGAGAACUCGGCCCCGUUGCCCAAGAUAUCUACCAAAGCACCCGGAGUGGCGAGUUUGACUUGCCUUCCAAUCUACUUCCCGAGAAUGGAUUGAGGAUCGGUGAGAUCGCAUCCUUUGAGAUCCUACCAGAAGCAGAAACCCCCUUGGCCGACAAUGGCCCGUUGCCGAUCAAGAUCCAUCUCAAGUCUGGAGAAACGCUCUGUGGGGUUGACCAGGUAUUCAUCUGCACCGGCUACCACAUCACCCUCCCCUUCCUUCGAGACUUCCACGAGGACGGGACCCGGCCUGCAGAUGCAAGUGAUACCGUUCUCGUUACCGAUGGUAGCCAAGUGCACAACCUGUACAAAGACAUCUUCUACAUUCCCGAUCCGACGUUGGUAUUUGUUGGGAUCCCGUACUACACGGCCACGUUUACCCUGUUCGAGUUCCAGGCAAUCGUGGUGACGGCAGUCUUCGCUGGCGUUGCGAAACUGCCUCCGCGCGAGAGUAUGAAAGAAGAAUACAGGGAGAAAUUGAGACAAAAGGGCUGCGGGCGAGGGUUUCAUUCGUUGAAGAACGUAGAGGAGUCCUACGUGAAGGACAUACUGGGCUGGAUCAACAGCGAUCGAGAGAGCCUCGGACUGGCACCGGUCGAGGGUCACACUGCAGCGUGGAAGAGCGCCAAGGAAGCGCAACGAGCAAAGUUGGCGGUGAUCUUUGGUAGCUCUGAAAAGUCUGCUUUGCAGGUAGCCACUCUGCCGGUUUGUGCUUGA